UUCGGCCAAGACCACGAGGCAAAUUUUGUUCCACACGAGAGCCUCCGCUCCAAACGAACCAUACUAGCUUGUAUCUCCAAUUCGCACAAUCAUCCGUCACUGGAAUACAAAACGCAAGCACAAUAGUGACACCAAACUAAUAGCUAGCACCAUGAUGAUGUAUGACAAGCCAGAAGGAACGGACGGGACCAUCGAACACAGUCUUGUGGACAUUGCCAUUGCCUCUCCCGACGAAGACGAGAGCAACGCGGCACAGGACAGCUCCAAAUCUGCCAGGGUUGCGGCCAAGCGCAUCCUCACUGUGGUACUGGCCCUUGCCCUGGUGAUUGCUUCCGUCACCACAAUCGCGGUGAUCCGUCAAAACCAGAGUGACGAUAAUACCAACAAACAAGUCAGCAGCACCAGCAAGGCCCAGAACAAUGACAUGGACGACGAGUUUGUGACGCCCGAAGGAUGUCCACGAGAGAUCAAAAUUUGCUCCGAUUUGAGCAUUGUAACCCGCACUGGUAGCAACUGCGAGUUUACACCCUGUCCCAAAGGAACUUGCUUCAUGGAUAUGAAACGUUGCGCGGACGGAACCAAAGUGGCACGUGAUCCCGAGAACAAUUGUGACUUCUUGACUUGUAGGAGAUCCAUCCCCGACCUGAACGAAGAGGUCCCGGAACAGCCAGAAGAAACAACAACGGAAAAAGAAGAUCCGACAGUGCAGUGCCCUAGUAGAGACAUCAAGAUGUGCACGGAUUUGACAACUGUCGUUCGCACGGGACCCGAUUGCAACUUUGCAGCUUGUCCACCUGGUUCUUGCCUCGCAGACUCGAAGGAAUGCUCGGAUGGAGUUGUAGUGGGUCGCGACCCAGAGAAUGAUUGCGAGUUCUUCCCUUGCCCCAAAGAAGUGGAGGAGGAAACUUCGCAGAAGGUAAAGCAAGCAGUAACUGAGACCCAACAAGACACGAAAGAACCAUAAGAGAAAGGAUAGUCAAGUGUACGGUAUUCGAGAGGUCAGAGUGGGCGUUGAUAGCACCCUCGUGGAGGGCAAGAUGGAUUGUGGAGGUCCCAUUCAGUGGAUUCGAUUGAAGAUUCCAUGGAGCUCUCUGACUUACUUCUAAAAGGUGAAGUGACCGGUUCAAGAGUAGGCUGAGCGCAUGAUCAGCCACAAAAAAGUGUACAUUAUCAGUAUUUCUUUUCAAUCUUUUGCUAUGAGUACAGCCGUAGCUGGUCAAAGAGCCGAGCAUACCGUAUUGUAGCCCAGUAGCAAAUCAUGGGUGUAG